CGGUAACUGUCCUGCCCCAUCCAACAUGGCGGCGUGUGGACUUCCGUCGGAACCAGCAUGGCGGUGCCCAUGUCAUGAAACAUUAGCGUGAGAAUGGCGGUUGAAGUGAGAUUGCCGGUGGCAAGGAAGCGAGUUACUGAAUCGGUGCAGUUAGACAAUACCCGGCACCUGGUAUCACCCGGGGACACCAUCACCACUGACACCGGGUUUAUGAGAGGUCAUGGAACUUAUAUGGAAGAUGAAAAGCUUUUAGCAUCAGUGGCCGGUGUGGUAGAGCAUGUGAACAAACUUGUAUGUGUCAGAGCCUUAAAAACCAGAUACAAUGGAGAGGUUGGAGAUGUUGUCGUUGGCCGCGUUACAGAGGUGCAGCAGAGGAGAUGGAAAGUGGAUACAAACUCCAGACUGGACUCCGUAUUGCUCCUUUCAGCUGUAAACCUUCCCGGAGGGGAACUGAGACGGAGGUCAGCAGAGGACGAGUUGGCAAUGAGGAGUUACCUGCAGGAAGGAGACUUGAUCAGCGCAGAGGUUCAGGCUGUAUACUCUGAUGGAGCUCUCUCAAUGCACACACGAAGUCUCAAGUAUGGCAAGCUUGGGCAAGGUGUCCUUGUUCAGGUUUCUCCUUCAUUGAUAAAAAGACGGAAAACUCACUUCCACAAUCUGCCCUGUGGAGCGUCAAUCAUUCUUGGGAACAACGGCUUUAUAUGGCUCUACCCUACUCCGGAGCAGACAGAAGAUGAAGCAGGGGGGUUUGUCACCAAUCUGGAGCCAAUCUCCUUAACUGAUCGAGAAGUGAUUUCGCGGCUACGGAACUGCAUUCUUGCCUUGGCUGCCCAGCAGAUGUUGUUGUACGAUACCAGCAUCCUCUACUGCUAUGAAGCUUCCAUGACGCACAUGAUCAAAGACAUACUGAAGAUUGAGGUUAUUGAAGAUAUAGUGCUGGAGACCAGGCAACGUCUUGUAGAACAGGAAAGCUAAAUCUUGGUUCUCGGUUCCAGGUUCCAUACCUAAUUCCAUGCAAGACCCAUUAGGCCAAGUGAAUAAUUACCUUCAGAUCUAAGAUAUACAUUUCUGGUGCAGACAUUUUCACUUGCUUUUCUGUGUAACAAUUCAACUGUUCCAUUUUUGUUGUUGUAUUCAUUGUUUCUGUAGCUUCAUUGAAAUAUUAAAGUAUUUUAUUCUUCAUAAGUGACAGCAGUCAAAAUCCACCGAAUGUGACCCAUUAUACCAUCUUGGAAGCAACCGUACUCUGGCAUUUAUUGCAUAUGUAGUCUCCUGCUACAUUUUUCACCACAGUGACGCAGAGUAGGUUUCGCGCACUAGAGGGCUUUUGGGGUCAACUGUAUCAUCAAAAAAACAAGUGUACGUUAUUCCACAAAGCAUCAGAACUUUCUAAUGGUAUGCUAAUUAUUUCAUGGAUAAAUUCUGUGGCUUUUAGCAUAUUUUUAAUGAUAAAUUCCAAUUUCCAAUAUGGUAGUUUCUGGUAUAGGUUCCUAAUCCAGCUCUAAUUCACACCAGUUGUUUAUGAUUUAAUUGCUUCCCAGUUCUAGCUCUGCAGCAUAGUUACAGAUCUAUCUACGGAUUUAUAUAGUGGAUAAAUACAAGUUAUGACUCUGUGCCAUCUCUGAGAGCUUUAGUAAUUGCUAGAAUAGAGCCAAGCAACGGACCAUGGACAAAGCUACAACAAGCUCGACCACCAUGGAUAACACCACCUGGAUUCCUCCUUCACUCUGAAAAAUGUGUAAGGGUUAAAGGGACACUACACUGCCCAAAUCCAAAAUAUAUUUAAAAAAAAAAAUCUUACUUGUAGAUAUACUUGCAUUUUUUUAUUUUUUAGAUGUAUAUCUAACAGCUUGCGAGAACUGCAGAUCUCCAAUCUAUAGCCUUUGUUACCAGCCUCUUAGCUUAGCUACACUGAGUUUAGCUACACUGAGCUAAAAAGCUUUAAAGUGCGGUAGGUGUUUGGAGUUGCCCUGUAACGAGUCGCAAUUGGCAAGAAUUUGAGAAGGAUUACAAAUAUGUUGCUUCCAUUCCAAAAUUGUUUACCCAUAUGCAACUUACCACUUGUGUGAUGAAUCUAAAGACAGGAAAUGGAACUGUAUUCCUAAAAUACUUGGAAAAGGCUGAGCCGAAUCAUAAAAAUUCAAUACAGCAGAUAUAUUUUUUGUUGACAGGUGUGGUGUAAGACAUUUUGCUUACUAUUUAAAUGGAAUUUGCCCGGUUUUAUGGUGGCAUUAUUCCCACUUCAAAUUGUUUUAUAUGUGAUCAUUUUCUAAAAUAAAAUUUUAAAGUUUGUUAAA